AUGGAGCCCAAUCCCAUCUUUAUUUACACUCGGUAUUGAAAAUUGAAAUAUGUCUUCUGCUCGCAAUGGACUUGCGUUUUUGAAACAGAUGGUGAAAUUCAGAACAGAAGUCAAAAGUUUUGAACAUGUUUUACAAGGCGUUCGAGUUGUGGACGGAGGAGAGGGGCGAUGUCAGUGUGAAAUGACCGUAAAGGAGGAACACCAGAAUGCUGGAGGGACGCUACAUGGGGGCUUGACCGCCACUCUGGUGGAUGCCGUGUCCACGUGGGCUUUGAUGACAACAGAGCGACAGGUGCCUGGCGUUAGUGUUGAUCUUAGUGUAUCAUUUAUGAAACCGGUGAAAAUUGGAAACGACAUUGUGAUUGAUGCUGACACACUGAAGAUGGGAAAAAAUCUGGCGUUUUGUUCAGUGGACAUUAAAUUGAAAAACGACGGUUCUCUUGUAGCUCAAGGAAAACAUACGAAAUAUGUAGGAUGAAGUGGUGUUUUAGAUUUCCCAAGACAUUUUAAGUUGCAAGAUUUAUAAUUCUUACCAGAGAAUAUUUAUAGGUUCUAUCUAUGCCCCAUACACUUGUAUAAUACUUCUAUCAUUCUGUGUAUAUUUAUAUUGCGGAUUUUUUUAAAGAAUGAAACAUGAAUAAACGUGGAGGAUUAACAUACCCGUAUAGAAUCUUCGUUAAACAAUGAAUUGAUUUAGAUCACGCUUGUAUUCCUAAAAUAUUGUAAUAAAAGUAGAGUUUUUUAUA